AUGUCUUCGUUGGGCGACGGCGACGAGCAUCGCAACCCGGAUCAGUCUCUCAUAGAGCAGGGCGUCCACUACAAUCAGGGAGGUGGUUAUUCUAUGGGCUUCGCUGCCGGUCAGGUCUCUGAGGACGACCUCAUCGAUCACGCCAUGGAGGCGGACGACGGCGACCCCCGUGCCCGUGCCACUCUCGAAGGCCUUUCCCUCAGCGAUGACGCUGCUCCUGCGGGUGAGCUUGACUACGGAGCUGAAGAUUUGGUCGCUUCCUACACCGAAGGCGAAUAUGCCAUGUUUAAUGACACGGCGGCCUUGUCGACCCCGAAGACUGUGAGAUUUGCCGACGAGCUGGAGACGGUGAUUCCUCCGUCGCCCGACUACUAUUCGACCUCGACCUCCUCCUCCUCCUCGCCCCUUUCGGCGUCGGACAGCGAUGAGCCGUGCCAUCGGGUCGAAGGCUGCACUGAGAAUACGAUCGACGGAGGCGAGUGGCGCAUGAGCAGCUCGAUGAUGAUGGCGUACAGCGCCAUGCGCGGUGGAGAGAGCAUCACCGACUCGGGCUCGGCGGAUCAGGCGGCGACUCAUCCCGGAGUGUCGACGGGUGAGGCCAACAUUUUUGCGCAUCAUGCGUCAUCGCUUACGGCGGACGCUCGAAAGUCAGACAACGACAACCCAGGAACGCAGGAUAUCUUUGCCAUCACUCGCCCAGACUAUGAGCACCUGACUCUCCCCGCGGGCGCGGCGAACAACAACAUCAAAAACGAUGACAACAACGCUGGCCUUCCGGAACACAUCGUUCAGGGCCUCAAGCGCCAGGCGCAACUCGAAGGCAAGCACAGCAUCGACGAGUUGUAUGAUGUGUCUGAUGGCGAGGACGACGUCGCGGACGGGCGUAUCUCGCCUUGCACGUUCCGCCUAUGGGCCGACGGCGCCGCGGAAGAGAGCGAGCGCGCUGGUCCCCAUGAGGGAGUAACUGAACAGGUCGAUGAUGAGAUUGACGAUUAUGAGUUGGAUUCGGCCGUUGCAGAGGCGGGCUCUGAUCGCGACUCUCCGCAGCAACAUGACGACGCCGAGGAGGAGGCCAACACGGUCUGGCCGCCGGCUCGCUACGCCGGCAAUCUUGAUUUUGAGUUCUGGCUGGAGAGCAUCGCGCCGGCCGGUGUCGUCAGACACUACCCUCGCCCGGUGACCAUUCCCGCACAGCAGGAAUACUUGAGCGUUCCCAUCACCGAUGAAGAGAUCCAGGCCGCGCUCGCCGCCCCGGACCUCCCGGAGGCCUUUGACGGCAUCGCGCCCGAAGACGUCUACGAAGAGCUCCAAGACCGCCACCAGCGCCUCGCCGCCGCCAACCUUGCCGUCACCGACGCCAUCGCCGCGCAGUGGACGUACGCGCAGCGCAUCAACCGGCGCGCCCUGCUCGUGCAGCAGGCCGCCCGGGCCGCCGCGGCCGUCGAGCAGCGCGCAGAGCAGCAGCAGCAACUCCAGCAGCAGCAGGACCCGGCCGGCCGCCGCCGCAGGGAGGUCUACCGGUACGUCGAGGCGCGGCUGCGCGGCGUCGCGGCGCACGCCGACGAGGUCGAGGCCCAGGCCGUGAGGCUGUGGACCGAGGUGACGGACAUGAUGCGCGUGGACCGCGCACUCGGACAGACGGCGCUCGACCUGGCGCGCGCUGUUGGCUUGACCGGCCGUGAUCUGGAGGAGGGCGAUUUGGACGCGUUGUGUGAGCGCGUGAUUCAGAUGGGUCGCGAGUGA